AGAGAUGCCACCAGAGCCACAGAGUCUACCGCCGUGCGAUGUGCUCUUGAGCCCACAAGAGGUGCCGAUGGGACGACGUUAUGCGGAGGUGUCACAAUUCAAGGCGAACAAGUGGACAUCCGAUUCCAGCCAGCAAUUGACAACAUCGGCAGUGCCGCCAGCAACGACACAAAAUCAAUUAAAGUCCAUAACAGCGAGCAGCGGCGGGGCAUCAACAGCAGGCGUAAGUGCAGGGACAGCAUGCAACAGCACGAACAACAACAACAACAAUAAUAAUAAUACCAACAACAAUAACAACUGUAAUAGCAGUAAUAAUGCCAGUAAUCGACGUCUGCCAUUCUGUGGUUUAGAUUCCAUUAAAGGAAGUGACAGCAAUGGACAUGGCGAUGGUUGCGGUGGCUUGAGUGGUGGUGCCACCAAUUUAUGUUUCGAUUUGCAAGGUGGCUGUACAAGCAGCAGUGUCGCUGCUGGCUUAGGGACGGUAAAUGCUGUUGCUGGACUCGGUCACUUGGAUGCUGGUGGCGGCGGUAUUGGCGCUGGUCAACACGAUAACAUAUCAGAGCAAUUUCAUUCGUUGGAUGCGGCAGAUAGCAGCUGUUGCGGUGAUGGGCAAUUCGAGGAUGAUAUGCAAGCUUUGCUGCCGAAAUGCAAGCGACUCUCGGGAGAUGAACUCAGUCAG